AUGCAAACCAGGCACACAUCAGUGGAGGAAGAAUGGAUGGAUAACGGCAACGAUGGAUAUGACGAGUAUUCGCUGGAGCAAGACGCUGAGGAGGAGGAGGAUGGCGAUGACAAUGACGAUGAAGAGCAGCUGCUGCUGCUGAAAGCUGCCGAAAACCCCGUGGAUGAGGAUGAGGAUAGCUGCGAGUACAGCUGCCCGCGCUACUACCGUCCCGUCUGUGUCCUGCGUAACAACCAGCUGGUGACCUAUGCCACGCCCUGCGAGUACUAUAAUCAGCUGCGAUGCACCAGUGUCCGCCAGCGGCAGGGCCAGACAGUGCCCACCUUUCAGUUUCAAUACAAUGGAGCGUGUCAUCAGUGA